CUCCUCCCAGUCACCCAACACCUCGGGGCCCGCCACAACUGGUCCAUUAUUUCAGACCUCGACAUGCAAACACAAUCUCCAGGGAAACCGAAAACACAAACGGAGCGGACCCCAGCGGGGCCAGAGCCUCACCCCCCCCCCCCCGCCCAACACGCUCGGCACCGAACGGCCGAGGGCGUCCUAAAGAGGCCUCCGCGUCCCCACCCCACCCGACGACGGGUUUCCGGGGUUAGCCUCGUUCGCCGCCACGACACCGAGGCCCGAAGCCCGAGCCCCACCCGGGGCAGCGCAGGGCCCAAAACCCUGGCUGGGAGAGGUGGCCGGGCUCCCAACGUCCCUGCCGGCGUCCAGGCCUCUCCAGGGCGGCCCACUCCUCGGCCUCAGGCCUCCGCUUCAACUAGACAGAGGCCGAGGCCUAGCGAGGCCCUGCGGUCUGCCUCACCCGGUUCUUUACCUUGUGUGGGGUUGGGGGCAGGGCGGCAAGAAGGGGUCGGGACGGCGACAGCGGCGGCAGCAAAAGGAAAAAAAAAAAUCUCCGCGGCAACAACAGGGCGACUAGAUCUGAAACAGAACUUGCUCGGCGAUGAGGGGGAAGGGAAAAAAGCUGGAGACUGGAAGGAGGAAAAGACAGAAGCGGGAAAUAUGGAGUUAGAGGAACAGAUAAAAUGACCCUGAUGGAAGAAUCAGAUCCAGAAUGUGAGACAUUCCAUAAGAAAACGCCUAAAUUCUUCAAAAGGAUACUUACACCAGACAACCUGAGUAGCUGGGGAUAUAUGUACCCAAAUGUAAAGAGCAAAAAGGAGACAGUGAACACAACUUCUUUCCAGAAACCAAAAUAAGCCCCAGAUUUUUGCCCCAUGAAAACUAAUGCACAUAGUUUGAUACGGUCACAUUUAACCAUUUUAUUGAUAAUAGUGUCAGCAGUUGCAAAGAACUGUACAAUGGAGGCCUCAAUGCUCAAAGAACCCAUUAGGUGGCAGUGGGGACACAGGCAUCUUUUGAUGUCUGAUUACAGCCCGCCCCCGCCCAUGCUUCCUCCAGUUAUGGAGCCUUAGGGAAGGUCAGGCAGCUUUUCAGGGGAGGCAAACAACCAGAGAAAACAAAACAAACAGAAGUUAUGGCCUAUAGUAUCCAACAGAUGAGGAACUGUUGGUCAUCUGGACUCAACUCCUGUUCUUGAUUUUAACAUGUUUUUAUUUGUCCUUGUUAUGAUUCUUUCAGUAAAAUAACUUUAUACCUAA